AUGGCAAUGCUGGCUUCAAAGUCGCCCUACCCCGCGCCCUCCCUCGGCGGAGGCUCCCUACAGUCGUCGACCCAGUAUGGCUCCAACGUGGCGAGCUACCGCAACCAUGCCACGGCCGCGCGGACCGAGCAUGCCUUCUUCUCGUCCCCCACUGAGUCUGAGUUCUCGGAAGUCUACGACGCCCCAGAUUCUGUCAGGCAUUGGGACGAAGACAAAGUCGGCGAUUGGUUGAUGCGAAUCAACUGCUCGCAGCACAUUGAGCUCUUCAAGAAACACCACAUCAACGGCGAGAUUCUCAUGGAGAUCGACCAGACACACCUCAAGGAUAUGGGCAUCAAGAAGGUCGGCGACCGUGUCCGCAUCGGUUCGCAGGCAAAACAGCUCCGGAAUAAGGAGUACAAGAAGGCCUCCAGACGGACUUCAAAUAGGCAAUCGCUCGCGACGUUGGAUGCCGCUGCCUUCACCCCACCAUCAUCCGGCUCCCCUCGACCCCUACCUUCCGCUCGUUCAAUGCCCACUAGCUCUAGGUCAGAGAAGCGCAUGUCACGCCAGAUCACCAAUUCAGACCUCAACUAUGCGUCGGCACUCUCAUACGGCGCCAAGUCUCCUUCCCGGCCAGGCUCACCCCUCGUAGAUCAGGAAAACCGUGGUCUCAGGUCCCAACGUCAUGGCGGAAUGAACAGCCCCAAAGACCCGGGCAAGAAGGAUUUCGGCGCGUCUUACUCUGGCCAUCCGCUCAGCGCCUCAAGCAGUGCCAACACUAAUUCACGAUAUGGAUCCACUCAACGCACCACGCCUACCGAGACUCCUCAGACAGCUCGAUUUGCUCAUCACGUGCGUGGCACUCCGAGUUUCGAUAGUGCCACAAACAGUGCUAUUCUGCCCCAUGACAAAGCUCUGAUCCGUGUCAUCUACGACACAGGGCGGACAUCAGUUGUGAACAUCGAAGGCUUCAAGAGUGCGGAUGAUAUCAUCCUGAAGACUUUGAAGAAGGGGCUGCUGAACGAAGCCCACGUGAAGAACUACUGCUUCUAUGUCCUCGACGGAGUUGAUCCGAACCCUGCACUAUGCCGCAGACUGACUGACGGUGAGCUCGUUCGCCUCUGCAACGACCGCAAUCGACAUGAACGAGGGAGGCUUAUCCUACGGAAGAUCCAUACCGGAGAACCAGAGGACGAUCAGCUGAAGACUGCUGCUGGCAUCUACCAACAGCAGGCUCUACAGCAGACUCAAAACAUUAUCGUACCAGCCAGCAGCAGGAGCCAAAUCAAGAUUGAAAAAAUCACUGGCGAAUCGCUCGCUGCUGUUAGCUAUCCCCUCUCCCCGACGUCUGCUAGGGAGCGGGAGCGACACAUCCACUCGACUGCUCAGGAUCUAGAAGGCCCUGCUCGUUCACCACUGCAUGCUGCCCGAGCUCGCAAGCUCAAGCAGUUCUAUGGAGCCCGUCCUCCAAGUGAACUCAUCACAUCAGAUCUCACUUCGUACUUCCCAGACGUGGAAAAGGAUGAAAUUGAUAAGACGAUACGUAUGUCUAUUAGGCGCUCUCGCCGUCUCAGCCGUGCAGCGUCCCGCCUUUCUAUGGCAUCGAACUUUAGCGUUGCAUCGAGUCUUCGUGAUGCUCCCCCUCUCCCAUCCAUUGCCGAUAGCUGGCUCCAGCAGAGUGGCGGCCAAGCACGACCUCUGCGUCCACUUUCUGUCAUGAGGCUUGGCUUGCCCUCUCAAUCUGGAUACCGUGACUCCGUUGCCUCUUCUGUUCUCGAGCCUCUUGAAGAGGAAUCGCCCCUUGAGCCAAACCGGAAAUCGUAUGUCUCCUUCGGCGGAGAGAGUGGCUCCGAUACUCUUGCAAUUACCGACCCCGAAGGACAUACUACAUUACAAUCCUACUUCGACGACGGUGGUAGUAGCCUGGCUGGCAGCAGCGCGGGCAAUACCGAAAAUGGUGAUUCGCUCAAUAAGCGCCUCUCACAGGCUAUUGCUGAGGAUGGGGAAGAAUACGACGACGAGCUCUCCGAGUACCUAGAGCAAGAUUCCUGGGAGAAUGUCAAGUACAUGAAGGGUGCCCUGAUUGGACAGGGUUCCUUCGGCAGUGUCUAUCUCGCCCUGCACGCAGUCACGGGCGAACUAAUGGCUGUCAAGCAAGUUGAAGUACCUUCACCCUCGGGAACUUCGCAAAUGGACCAGAGGAAGACGAACAUGGUCGAGGCCCUGAAGCACGAAAUUGGCCUCCUCCGUGACCUGAAGCACAAGAAUAUCGUGCAAUACCUCGGCUCGAACUCGGAUGAUCACCACCUGAACAUUUUCCUCGAAUACGUUCCUGGCGGCUCCGUCGCCACUAUGCUAGUCAAUUACGGUCCCUUGGGAGAAUCCCUUAUCCAGAACUUUGUCCGCCAGAUUCUCCAAGGUCUUUCAUACCUCCACUCUAGGGAUAUCAUUCACCGAGAUAUCAAGGGUGCCAACAUUCUCGUGGAUAACAAAGGAUCAGUCAAGAUCUCUGAUUUUGGCAUUUCAAAGCGCGUCGAAGCUUCCACACUUCUCAAUGGACCGGGCGGUGGCAAAAAGGGUCAGCGAGUCUCCCUCCAAGGCUCCGUUUUUUGGAUGGCCCCCGAAGUUGUUCGCCAAACUGCCUACACUCGCAAGGCCGAUAUCUGGUCGCUUGGAUGUCUUAUUGUUGAGAUGUUUACUGGCAGCCAUCCUCAUCCCAACUGUACUCAACUACAAGCCAUCUUCAAGAUCGGUGGGAGCGGUGAUGCGAGCCCAACAAUGCCCGAUAAUGCCGGCGAAGACGCGAAGGCCUUCCUCUCACAAACAUUCCUCAUCGAUCAUGAGGCACGUCCCAGUGCUGACGAUCUCUUGGCAAGUCCUUUCUGUACCAACCAGGCUGCUUGA